AUGGAAGGAGCACUUGUCCUCCUCCUGGUUGUAACAACAGUGUCUGGGUGUGGUGUGCCCAGCUACCAGCCGGACACCAGCCGUGUGGUGAAUGGGGAAGAAGCCCGUCCAUACAGCUGGCCAUGGCAGGUUUCCUUGGAGUCGUUUUUCCCUACUUGUGGAGCAACACUCAUUGCUCCUAACUGGGUUUUGACUGCUGCACAUUGCAUUACAUUCCACACGUACAGGGUUGUUCUGGCUGAGCAUGACAUGAAGACAGAGGAAGGACCUGAACAGUCCAUUAUGGUGGCAAAAAUGUUCAUCCAUCCCAAAUGGAACAGGAACUGCGUGUCUUGUGGGAAUGACAUUGCCCUGCUUAAGCUGGAGAAAAGUGCUGUUAUCAAUGACAAGGUCCAGCCGGCUUGCCUGCCACAGCAUGGUGCUACUCUCGCCCACAACCAACCCUGCUACGUCACAGGCUGGGGUCGUCUCUACUCUGGUGGUCCUUCUGCUACUACACUACAGCAAGCCCUACUUCCUGUUGUGGAUCAUGAAAUCUGUAGUCAAAGUGACUGGUGGGGCAGCUCAGCAAAGACAACCAUGGUCUGUGCAGGAGGAGAGAGCAAGUCAGCAUGCCAUGGUGACUCUGGAGGCCCUCUGAACUGCAAGGGCAGAGAUGGUAAGUGGUAUGUGCAAGGAGUGACGAGUUUUGUGGAUGGACGGGGCUGUAAUACCCCUCAGAAGCCCACCAUUUUCACCCGUGUGGCCUCUUUCAUCCCCUGGAUCAGUGAGACCAUGGCCCAAAACUGAAGAAAUGUUCAAUGAUUGAAGAAGUGAACGGGCAAUAAACUAUCAUUUGACAUUUUAA